AUGGACCCGAAGGACCUGGAGCAGCUUGAGCUGCUUUGCCAGGCGCUUUACGGCGGCCAGCCUCUGCAGCAGAACGAGGCUCACGAGGUGCUGAUGCCCUUGCUUCGCGAUGUGCAGAAGAUCCCUCUCCUACGCGAUAUCCUGGCGCAGAGCGCCAAUCUGCAGGCUCUGCUUUUUGCGGCGUCCGGCCUGGUAACGGUGAUUACGAAUCACUGGUCGCACGUCUCGGAUGCCCACAAGACAGAGCUGCGUGAGUUCUUGCUGAACUACCUCUACAACCGCGGCCCCGAGAUGCUGAAGUGCGCUCCCGAGGUCCUGGGCCAGUUCAUCCACCUGUACUGCCGCAUCGUUAAGUUGGGAUGGCUGGAGGAGGUGAGCAACCACCCCGUGGUCCAGCACGUGGGCCAGUUCCUGUCUGCCUCCACGCAGCACUGGAUCAUCGGCCUGAGCAUUUACUCGGACCUGACGCAGGAAAUGCAGCCGCAGAUGGGCAAGUUCGUGGCAAAGCUGCGCAGGGGCGCGCUGAACUUCAAGGAGACGGUGCUGCCCAAGAUAUUUUCGGUCACCGUCCAGACGCUCGAGCAGUUCAACAACGGCACUGCCGUGGUUGCGGACAGCUUCGAGGAGACCCGUAUGCUGCAGCAGAUACUGCAGCUGUGCUACAACUGCCUGAGCUUCGACUUCAUGGCAACCAUGCCCGACGACACGUCUGAGGAGCAGAGCACCGUGAUGAUCCCACAGAGCUGGGACAUUCUGCGCAGCGACAAAGUGCCUCGCACCCUGUUCGAGCUCUACGCCAAGAACAGCGUCGUGCGCCCGUCGUGCGCCGUGCUGUGCCUGCGCUGCCUGGUGGUGGUCGCGGCGUUGCGCAAGUCGUUCUUCAACACUGAGGCCGAGGACCUGUGCCACAUCAACAGUUUCAUGAUGGGCACCAUGGACAUAAUUCGGAACAAAACGGGCCUCGCCAACGAGGACUGCUACCAUGAGCUGUGCCGUCUUCUCGGGAAGAUCAACGCCUCCAACCAGCUGAGCCAGCUCCUGCAGAGCGCCGUCUUCCCCAUGUGGACGGAGCAGCUGCACAACUUCACGAUGGAAGCUCUGGCCAACUGGCAGCACAUGCCCAACAGCAAACACUACUUGUUGGGCGUGUGGGCACACAUGGUCGUUCCUUUGGGCUACAUGCGCGGAAAGGCGCCCUCUGUGCUCGAGACGAACAUCCUGCAGAUAACUCUGGAGUUCAUCAAGAGCCGCUUGGCGAUGGCAGAGGUGGUUGCCACAGCCGGCGACGACCUCGAAUUCGACAACCCGCUCGACGACGACAUACUGCGGAUGGAGCAGUCAGACCUGUUCAGUCGUCUCUGCCGCUGCCAAUACCGCACGGUGUGCUCGCGCAUUAUCGAAUCGUUCCAGGAGCUGGAAAAGAUGCCAAUGACCCACAACUACAUGGCCAUCAAACAGGAGAAGGUUGCGUGGCUGGUGAUGCUGGCCGGUGCGAUGCUGAACGGCUCGAGUUCGCUUCGCCUUACCGGUGACGAGUCUAACAUAACUGCGGUAUGCCUGCAGACAAUGAACAUCGAGCUGGUUGGUCACGUCUUUUUGAACAUGGAUGCGAGCGACUCCAAGUUGACCGAGUGCACUAAGCUCGAGAUGUCGUUCCUGCACUUCCUGACGUACUUCAAAAAGUUCUUCAUCAGCGAGCACACAAAGGGCAGCAUAUCGGGUGACUGCCGCGAGCGCUUUGCGCAGGUUCCUGGUUGCCCCCCCGGCACGGACGGCGCGCAAUACCUGCUGAAUAGGCUGGUCGACAAGGUAUUCUUCAACCUGCAGCGCCGUGUGUCCAACGAGGGGGUGAUCAAGAAGACUCUGAACUUCUUCAGUGAGCUGUCUUCGGGCAUUGACAUCGUGCACUAUGCGGACCGUUCCCCCCACCUCGUGGUUUCAGCGCGCCUGAUACUGCAGUGCAAGACGCUGCGCUUCGCGCUGGUUAACCACGCUGACCCGGGGUUCAUGUUCCUGCAAGUUCCGCAAUAUGGGCGCUAUCGCACCAUCUACUACAGCAUUCUAUGCAAGCUGUUGCUGCUCGAGUUGGGUAGCGAGGAGGAGCAGGGUGACUCGGUGCCCAAGUUUGAGGGGUUCAUGGAGCACCACAGGCUCGUGAUCGACCAGCUGUGGAACCUCAACGCAGGCGUGCUAUCAUCGCCCGAGUGCCGCUCUACUAUCAUCGGUUUGAUGCGCGACCUCAGGGGCGUAUGCAGGUCCUGCAUUUCCGUGGAGGCCUAUCAGAUGUUCUUCAACUGGAUUGUGAACGCUCCAAAGCAGCCUGGGAAAUCGCGUUUGCACAUAAUGAAGCGCAUCGUGGAGGCGUGCUGGUCCGACUGCGACGUGAUGGUCCCUCUCGUGAAGUGUCUGGCUGAGUUUUUGGACAACCGCGGGCACCGCAUAACGUUCGACAAGACGUCCGCAAAUGGCAUUCUGCUGUUCAAGGAGUCAGCCGGCAUCGUCAUGAGCUACGGUGUGAAGCUGCUCCAGAUGGCACAGGCCGCUGGAGGAGUACGGCAGGCCGGCAACGAUCGCGAGGCGUAUAAGAAAAUAUACAAGGGUGCCGCCGCGUGCCUUCAGGUGCUCGACCACACGCUGGGUGGGGACUACGUGAACUUCGGCGUCUUUGAGGUCUACGGCGAUGCCACUCUGGACGAGGUGCUCCAGCUUGCUUUCCAGCUCUGUCUCGUGAUCCCCAUUGAGGAUCUGCAGGCGUAUUCGAAGGCCAUGCACCCGGUGUACUCAUUCUUGGACAUCAGCACCAAACUGUUCAUGCCACAGAUGCUGUCAUUGAGUUUGGAGAAUGUGGUUCAACUUAUCAACGCUUGCAUGGAUGGGCUCUGCUCGUACGAGUCCGCAACAUCGCUAUCCGCCGCGAGCGCGUUGGACAACUUCGUGACCCACGUGUACAACGAACGCAACAGCACGCUAACCGGAGGCGCGCCCCACCCUGCCCGAGUGUUUUUGGAGUCGAAGUUGGAGUGUUUGCACCGCGCUAUGGUGUUGAUUUUCAACCUGCUGCUGAGCGGCGACUCGAACAGCGCGUGGAGCGUGAGCAGGCCUCUCCUGGGCCUGAUUCUGCUUAACCAAAACGAGUUCACGCAGCUGCCGCGGAGCUUAUCGGUCAACAUGUCGGAAGAGAAACAGGCCAAGCUUCAGCGCUGCUUCGAAUCCCUGAUGAACGGGCUCGACACGACCUUGUCGCACCAGAACAAGGACACGUUCACGAAGAACGUAUACAUAUUUUCACAGGAAGCACGGCUUUCAUUCGUUUAA